CUCGUCACUCCGCGCUGGAAGAUGGCUGCGGUGGAGCGGACCCCGGUCAGGGAAGGGAUCCGAAUAGUUUCACUGUGUGUGUGCUGGUACACGGUCAGCUCGGGGGGCAACAUCGUCAAUAAAAUCAUCCUGAACGGAUUCCCGUACCCGGUCACCGUAUCUCUGUUUCACAUCAUCUCUAUCGUCGUCUUCCUUCCGCCGCUGUUGCGGGCAUGGGGGGUCCCCAAAACAGAACUGCCCGGCAGGUACUACCGGUGGUACAUCUUGCCUUUAGCUUUUGGAAAAUACUUUGCAUCUGUGUCGGCUCACUUCAGCAUAUGGAAAGUUCCGGUUUCAUAUGCGCACACGGUCAAAGCCACAAUGCCAAUAUGGGUGGUGCUGUUAUCAAGAAUUAUCAUGAGAGAAAAGCAAACCACGAAGGUCUACGUAUCGCUCAUCCCCAUCAUUGGUGGAGUGCUGCUGGCCACAGUGACUGAGCUGUCCUUUGAUGUUUCAGGAUUAAUCAGUGCUCUGGCUGCCACGCUCUGCUUCUCUCUGCAGAACAUCUUCUCCAAAAAGGUAUUGCGUGACACGCGGAUUCACCACCUGAGGCUCCUCAACAUCCUGGGCUUUAAUGCAGUGAUCUUCAUGCUGCCCACCUGGGUUCUGGUGGAUCUCUCUGUGUUUCUCGUGAAUGGAGACCUGUCAGAUGUGUCGGGGUGGUCUGGUACCUUUGUCCUCCUGCUCAUCAGUGGCUUUUGCAACUUUGCCCAGAACGUCAUCGCCUUCAGCGUGCUCAACCUCGUCAGCCCGCUCAGCUACGCCGUCGCCAAUGCCACCAAGAGGAUCAUGGUCAUCAGCAUCUCACUGCUGAUGCUGCGCAACCCAGUCACCCUCACCAACGUCUUGGGUAUGAUGACGGCCAUAGUUGGGGUCUUCCUCUACAACAAGGCCAAGUAUGACGCUAACAAGCAGAAGAAGCUGCUGCCGAGUUCCAAGCAGGACCUGAUGUCCUUUGACAACCCGGCGCUGGAGAAGAUCCAGGCCAACGGGUCAGUGCCUUUCUCCCAUGGCUCAGAGCAGCAGCAGCAGCAGCAGCACAGCUGGAACAACGUACUGACCGACCACUUCCAGUACAGCCGGCAGGCCUACACGACAAACUACAGCAGCAACCACCAGUAUGUGGUGUAAAGGAGGAGUCUGUCCUCGCUCUGGGUCGCUGUCAUAGACAUUACUGUUACCGCCCCCCACC